AUUCCCUUGAAACCGUUCUCACUGCGGCGCGGGAGCUCCAGAUCUCGUAAUAACGGCAUGGACAAUGAAAGCGCGGACUCAGAAAACAGCGGUCUCUCUCUUCUGCAGAUCUUCCGGUGAGCCGGACACGAAGGAAUUGUCCGCGCGCCGGAUUCUCUGGAAACCUAGGGAAACUUCCGAGCAGAGUAAUUCCCGCCUCUCCCUCCCCGUCUGCCCCCCUCCUGCAUUGCGGACUGCAAGGCGAUACGUAAAUGUGGGUGAUUCUGGAAGUUUCGUUUAGUUUGGAUGGGUAAUCUGGAGGUGGUCCUGUUCGAUGGUAUGGUUUGCGAAUUGCGAUAUUUUUAGAGGUGUGCAUUUCGUGGGUAUAGGUCUUUCAGCGGUUAUGCUUGAAAGGGUGAAGAGGGAAGCUGGAUGUUAAUGGCUUCAGAAGUCAGGAUUGGAUGCUGAGUUUUUGUUUAUUUUCAGUAUUUUGGCAAGAUGGGUGCAGUUAAAUUGCGUGGUUGCAGGUUUAGGAGAGUGAAAAUGGGCUUUCCCUUAUCGAAGUUGCACUUGCAACAGAGGCAUUUUCAACAGAAAUGUAGGUGGCUAAGGAGACCUGCUUCUGUUUCAGUGAUAUGUGGAUCAGCUAUUUUCGCCCUUGCACUUGUUUCUCUAUUUAGUGGGUCUUUAAUUGAUCUUGAGCUGUAUCCACAGCAGUUCCUGAGGCGCCCCUCUAUUUUCAAGAUGGAAGAACGUCAUGCUGCGCCAAUUAAUAUAUGGAAAUCAAAGGCAGCUAAGUUCUACUGUGGUUGUGCUAAUAGAGGCCCUCAUUUUUCUCCUGCUGUGCGUGAAAGGAUGUCGAAUGGGUACUUGCUGAUUGCUGCAAGUGGAGGACUAAACCAACAAAGAGUAGGGAUAACAGAUGCAGUAGUUGUCGCGAGGGUACUGAAUGCCACACUGGUUGUACCUGAGUUGGAUCAUCAUUCUUUCUGGAAGGACAACAGUGAUUUUGUCGACAUCUUUGAUGUUGACUGGUUUAUUUCUUCACUUUCAAAGGAUGUAACAAUUGUCAAGAGGGUUCCUGACAAAGUAAUGAGGUCAAUGGACAAACCACCGUAUACUAUGCGAGUUCCACGAAAAUCAUUGCCUGAAUACUAUCUGGAGGAAGUUCUUCCUAUCCUCCAUAGAAGACGGGUGGUGCAGUUGACAAAGUUUGACUAUAGACUCUCAAAUAGUCUAGAAGAUGAGUUACAAAAGUUGCGUUGUCGAGUAAGUUUUCAUGCUUUGCGGUUUACAAGACCAAUUAGAGAAAUGGGACAGAUGCUCGCAAAAAAAAUGCAAAGUAUGAGUGGCGGACGUUACAUUGCAAUUCAUUUGAGGUUUGAGCCUGAUAUGCUUGCUUUUUCUGGAUGCUAUUAUGGUGGAGAUAAAAAGCAAAGAGAAGAGCUGAAUGAGAUAAGAAAGCGCUGGGCAACAUUACCUGAUUUGGGUCCAGAAGGUGAGCUAAGACGGGGAAAAUGCCCGCUUACUCCACAUGAGGUCGGCUUAAUGUUGAGAGGGCUUGGUUUCAAGAAUGACUCGUAUAUAUAUGUCGCUUCUGGAGAAGUUUAUGGAGGAGAGGAAACCCUUGAUCCUCUUAGAGGCCUAUUUCCAAACUACUACACUAAAGAGAUGCUGGCAGGUCAAGAAUUGCGUCCCUUCAUGCCAUUCUCCUCUCGCCUUGCUGCUAUCGAUUACAUUGUAUGCGACUUGAGUGAUGUGUUUGUUACAAACAACAAUGGGAAUAUGGCAAAGGUGCUGGCUGGGCGUCGGAGAUACAUGGGUCACAAAAGAACAAUUCGCCCUAAUGCAAAGCGUUUGAGCUCAAUACUGAAAGGUCGCCAUGAAUUGGAGCCAGAAGUGCUUGCAAGGAAGAUCAGAUCUUGCCAGAGAGGUUUCAUGGGAGAACCAGAUGAAAUGAAGCCAGGACGAGGCGACUUCCAUGAGUUUCCGUAUUCUUGUAUAUGUAAAAAACCGAAGUACACGAACAGCAGCACUACUUAGCAAGAGAAGUUACACCAACGUCAGAGGUCAACAGUUAGCCAUGCACCGACACAGCCUUUUUUCCAGAAAACGAUUGAUGAAGAUGUUGGAUGCGAUUGACAUCUGUUGGGUUCUAAAUUCUAAUGUCUGAAACCAGGAUCUACCACCGAGGAAGAUCGUGACUGAACUCUAGGAAGUUGCUUGCCCCUGCCUGAUUAAUCAGAAUCGAUGAACCAAGCGGUGGCGUAUAGAGGCUUUGUGGACUUUCUGAUGGCUUUUGAGAGAAGCAGGAGGCUGUAUGGACUUCUGAUAGCUCUCAAAUGACAGAUGAGAAGAUUGUGCACCGUAGAAGACCCAUGGGCCAUCAAUUCUCAGUCAGGGACCACCUCCGUGUUCAUUUGAAUCUCUGGUUACAUCAAGAACGAGAUCUUAGAUUAAUGUCCAAGAACGGAAGACGAAGAAUUGUUUCAAAUGGUUCCCCUUAUUUGGGUUCACGAUGGCAUGAACUUCAAAGUGGAGACAUAUUAAGGCUGUCCUUGAAUUUCACAUUAUCGGUCCUUCCUUAUAAGUGAUUGUAGGCGAUUAUCGGUCCUUCCUUAUAAGUGAUUGUAGGCGAUUAUCGGUCCUUCCUUAUAAGUGAUUGUAGGCAUCCCCCUGCAGUGGUAUGAAACGUUUUUCAUGUUUUACAGAAGCAA